CUCGAUUUUUUGUCAGACUUGCAACCAUUGGGUACAUAAGAAGUGCAGUAGUAUUCGUGGAAGGCUAAGAGCUGACAUUCAGUUUGUAUGCAAGCAUUGCAAAGGUGAGAUUAUAGAGAAUAAAGUAUUUUCAGCUUUAAUGAUGUACAGCAGUGGCUCGUUAGAGAUAGUUGAGAACUGUUACUUAGGUGAUGUUGGGCAGUGAAGGGGCUGGAAGAAGUGUUACUUGCAGGAUAGGUUCUGCUUGAAAAAAGUUCAGAGAGUUAUACUUCCUUUGUUGACCAGCAGAGUCUUGUCAAUUGAGGUAAAAGGUAGGUUGUAUGAGGCCUGUGUAAGAAGCGUUAUGUUGUACGGUAGUGAGACAUGGGCAGUGAAGCAGGAAGAUUUUGACCGUUUAGAAAGGAAUGAUAUGAGAAUGGUUAGGUGGAUGUGUAACGCCAGUCUGAGAGACAGAAAGAGUUCAGAUGAGCUAUAAGAAGCAGGCUAAGUAUCCGUAGAAUUAAAGAUGUUAUCCAGAUAAGAAGAUUGAAUUGGCUGGGGCACUUGGAAAGAAUGGAGGAGGAUAAUUGGGUAAGAAAGUGUAGAGACUUGAUAGUUCCUGGGGCAAAGCCCAGAGGCAGACCGAGAAAGACUUGGCAGGAGGUUAUAAGGACAGACUUGAUAUAGCGGAAGUUGAGUUUAGAUCUAACACAGUCUAGAUCAGAUUGGAAGAGGGUCAUUAAUAUACCCUGUCUAACCCAUGCUAGCAUGGAAAAUGGACAGUAAGCUAAGAAUGAUGAUGAUGAUCAACUGUUCUUUGGCCAUUAAUAAAGAGUUUUGGUAUUGUUUUACAGCUGGAUGCCCUUGCUAGUGCCAACCGUUCACAGACCGGACUGGUUUUUUUUUAAAGUGACACAAUCACUAUGUGGCAUUUCAUGGGACUUCCACGAUCGCCCUUUAAACUAAGGUAUGGUGGAGGACGUUCAACUCCUCUCUUGUCGAUAUUUGUGAGGCUAGCCAUGUAAAAUAUGCACAUCUAUCUAUCUAUUACAUUCAGGUGGUACUGUACAAAAUAGCAACCACAGGACAUUAAUGGUAUAUAUACUUAUACAAUUAACUUAAGUUAAGUAACCUUAACUUGUAUUUAUCUUUUUGGUUUAAUCAAAACAACUUUCAAUAAUAACAGGAAAAUUUUGUUUUGGGAAAAAAUACCAUAUAUAAUUUUUACAUUUGAAAAUAAUUUCCUGACAAAGAAUAAUUUCUGUUUAUAAUUUUAACACGACCUACUGGCUAGCAAGCUGGCGCUAGCUGUUAGGCGCCAUAGUUUAGUGGUUAUAACUCUCGCACUUUGUGUGGGAGAUCGGGGUUUGAUUCUCCUUGGCGGCAGUUCAACGUCGAGGAAUAACCCUGGGUUAACCCAAGUUGUGUGGGCCGGUGGAUGUUGACAGCAGUUGUCUAGUGGAGCGCGGACCCUAAGCUAUGGCCCCUCCUUGAAAUAAUAGACAGGGUGUAUACCUUGAUAUUUGUGAGGCUAGUCAUGUAGAAAAUAUACAUCUAUCUAUCUAGGACAAAGGAAAUUACAUCACAUUUUCUUGUUUUCUCACCGCGUAUUUAAGCACCCACAUAAAGAUUUCAUUACAUGUAACAUUACAUUCAGGCGUUACUGUAUUUGCCUUUCCUUUAAGUCUUUUUUGCUUCUUAGCACUAACUGUUAUAUGUCACAACCACACCAUGCCUUUUCGUGGUUUUUGAGAUUUAAGUGGUGCUGGAAAUUCCCAUCCACCAACCCUGGUUGUGGCAUGUCUUGCUUAACACUUGUGUACUAAAUAAUGACAUUUUUUUACUAAACAGUCAAACUUUCCAUGUAGGCACAAUAUAAAGUUGUUAUUGGUUUCUUUGCUUGUCAGUUCUGUAUGUAAUGGAAAAAACUGACAAUUGGGCAAUUUUUUUGAAAGAGAAACUAUUAUUUAAAAGUAUUAUUGAUGGAAUACUAUUAUUUACAUCGAAUCUUAUUACUGUACAAACAUAUGGUUGCUUAGAAAAUGUCCCGUGCGGUCAGCUUGAACAGUUUAAAAACAUUUUUGAUAGCCUACAUGAUGAUAACAAGCAUUCAGAACUGUUAGUUAAAGGCUUUACAUUAAACAUCAACUCAGCACCAACAAAACUUGUAAUUCGUAAAUGUAACUUGCACAGUGUUUAUGCUGUAUCAAAGGCUAAUAUGGUUGGUAUUAUCGCAGUCAAUUUGCCAUUUGGUGUUUUAUUAGCAUCACAUGCAUAUCCAAUUACUUCAGCAAUAGCAGUUCAACAUGUCGAAGAUGUCUGUAAAUUAUUGCGUUCAUAGAUAUUGCCAGUUAUGUAAGUUAUAUAAAUUGUCAUUAGGAAAAUGAACAUAUAUACCUGAGUAGUAUAUUUUGAUCAAAUAAAAAGUUGUAAUACUAUGGUUUUUUCCUUGCAAAUAGAUGGUAGCUUUGAAGGGAACCCGAGGUAUAAAAUGA